UCACCUAAGGAGAUUAAGUGAGCAGCCCUGUGCCAAGGCAGUGUUGCGGGACUGUAGGUGCAUGGCAGCCUGCCUGCACAGAGGUGAGCUGGCGGACAACCUGUAUGCUUAGCUGAGAAGUUUGACGCCUUCUCUCCACCUCCUGCAGUGUUCUUGAUGCUUUUUGGAUGCAGGCUUCACACUCUGAGUCUGCCCACCGUGUCUUGCAGGUUGGCCAAGGCUUGCCUGAAACGGAUUAUAAACAUUUAAUGGGAAAUUCUGCACAGCACGUCCAGUGAAAUGGCAUCGGACAGCGAGGUAAAAACCCUGCUGAACUUUGUCAACCUGGCCUCUAGUGACAUCAAGGCAGCCCUGGAUAAAUCUGCUCCCUGCCGCCGGUCGGUGGACCACAGGAAAUAUUUGCAGAAGCAGCUGAAGCGUUUUUCUCAGAAGUACUCGCGGGUGCCACGGUGCCACCCUGCCAAGCCCCUGGAAUGUGGCCCACGCCGUGGAGCAGAGGACAGGGCCCGCAGCUGCCAGCCUGAGGUGCCUGAACCUGGCCCCCUCAGUGGGGCUGCCACUGAGAAGGUGCUGCAGGCAGCCGAGGUGGAGGAGAGCCUGGCGGGGGAGCAGGCUGUGCCAGAGCAAAACCCUGAGGUCAACAGGCCAGACCAGGUGCCCAUGAGGAAACGACAGCUUCCUGCCUCCUUCUGGGAAGAGCCGCGGCCGCCACAGAGCCUCCCAGCCAGGGGCUUCCCCCCAGUCCCCGAGGGGCUACCAGUCCCCAGGGACCCUCCUCCCUUUGAGGGGAAGAAAAGCAAAAGGAACCAAGACAGUAUUGGACCUGAGAGUCAUGAGCCUGCCCUGAAUGCAGGGGAGAAAGACGCCACUGGUGUACUCUCAGGCCGGGUGGGUGCCUGGACCUGCUGCCCCUUCCCCUGCCCUGGGCCAGCUGUUUACCAACCCCCAGGAGCGCUGCCUCCAUCGCCUUUCCCAGGGCUGGGGCUGUGGAGGAAGGGCACUGCUACACUGCCAGCCGAGGCACAGCCCUUCUGCAAGGAGGCAGAGGGCACAGGGCAGAAACUGUACAGGCCUGUGGUUUUGAAACCCAUCCCUACCAAGCCUACCAUCCCCCCACCGAUUUUCAAUGUUUUUGGCUACCUUUAGCCAGAGGAAAGGGCCAGAGUGUGUGACAUUGGACAGAAUAACCCCUUAGAGGGAGUUGAAGCAUCAGGUUGGGCAAUGGGCACAAGGAGCUGGUCGAGUGUGGAAGGAGCUUCCAUCCAGAGAUGGUGUUCGCCCCUGCACAGGCUGGAGUGAAUUAGUAACUGUACAGCCUCCAUUCUUCUCUUCCCAUGCAGGUAAAAAUCAGGAAUAAGCCCUAUGAAUCUGGUGGCAUGGCAUGUGUGGCAAAUCAGACCUUUUUUAUGGAAGCACAUUGUUGGAGCCAUGGCAAGCAGGGCUCUGGGCCACUCAUAGUUUUGCUGCAAUUGUAACACCUCGGAGACCUCUUCCAUGUGGGAGCAUCAUCCUGGGUUGCCCUGCAGGCACAGCACUGAAAUGAAAUGAAUUAAACUCACUGAAACUGUUUUUGUAUGUUUAAGUAAUUUUGGAGAAGUCAAGAUAUUCAGGUCACUUCCUUUUGCGUGCAAGAGACUGGAAGGACAGUAUUUAAUGUGGAAACUACAUUUGUGAAUUGAUUUAAGCUCUUCUUGUGUGCAAAUACUAAGAGAAUUGAAAGAAAAAAUAAAGGAAGAAGGGAGGUAAUUUUAUUCUGGUGAUUCUGCAAAUGCAGUGUGUUUACUUUUGCCCACUGAGUAGAUGCAGGUUUAAUUUGCAGCUGCUGGUGAGAUAUGACAGCUGAAAUCUCUGUUUAUUUAGAGUGAUGUAAUUCAGAUUUAAUCCUGAUGCUGGGAAAUCAAUGGGUGUUAAACUGGUGCAAAUGGGAGCAGAAUAAGUUUCUGUUUCAUAAAUUGAUCCUCAUCAAUAAAAAUAAAAAUAAAAAUAAGGUGUUAUACAUCAAAUACAAAAACAUAAAAUAUGAUAGAGAAAUGUUUAUAGUAGCUUGCCCUCUUUUUUCUCUAGCAGGGAUCUUUUCUUUUGUCUGAUUUUAAGAUACAGUCACAAGACCUGGCUACAAAUGAUCUGCCUAUUGUUUUCUUAAUUAUUUUGGUGAAUUGGCAUGCUAAAAGACAAUAGGUGAUUGUUUAAGUUAAGCUUCUCUUAAACCCAUUGAGAAGGUGUUGCUAAGUCACAGAAGAUGAGACCUGAAAGGUUUAAUAUUUUGUACCUCGUUAUUCAGUUAUACUGGAAUAAAUCACUGAGAUCAAGAGACAUGUUACGAGGGGAAGGGAGGGGGAGGACGGACAGAGAAUGGGCAUCUGUGCCCUCUCUGGGACUGAACCUGCUCUUCACGGAGUGAAUGGGAGCUUCUCUUGGGACUCGGCAAAAAGUGACCUUGAUCUGGUUGGCCCCUGGCUACUGUAGUGCUCUAUCACUCCUGGUAUCUCUACAAAGAGAAAAACAGGCCGUGCUUCUUUCAAGCACACUGCAGUCAUGAAAAAAUUAUCAUAUUAAGCCACCAUAGAGUUUAAUUUUGGAUCUUCUGAUGGGACUUGCUGUUAUGUAACCAGACUGCAACUGCAGUUAGGAUAUAAACUACUCUCAGGCUGAAAGUAGUUUAUUCUUUCCCCAAACCUCUCAGUUUAAGCCACUGAUGCUUAUUUCAAUGGAAAUAAUGGCUGUAGUAUGUUAAUCUUUCCUUGUUUCAUAUACAUAUCAAGCAUACGUAGACUGCUCUUUUAAGGAGACAGAGCAUGUACCUGCAACUCUGUGCAAGGUGCAAAGUGGUAAGGAGCUGGUAUAAGAAUUCAUGGCAUCAGAUUUGCUCUUGAUCCAGAUAUGAAGAUGUCCUUAUGUUUUUGUCUUUUUGGGAGAAAGAAUCCAUGAGGAGGCAGAGGCCCUCUGAUUUAGUGAACGGAGAAUUAUGGAUCUUAAAUUGCAGAGCUGGAGGCAAGGAAAUGUAUGUAAUUAGAAGCCCUUUCUCACAUAAGCAACUCUGUAUCACUGUUGUAAUCCAGAUGAAGCCAGAUGCUGAAUCUCUCUCAUUGUUGCCAAUGCAAUGCACUCUCCUUGGCAUUGCUCUUCAUGUGGGUGACUGCUGUGGGCUAGUGUUACUUCUGGAGUUCAGGGGAGAAAUUUGAAAGUGGAGUCCACUAGACCGUGGA